AAAUCAUUUCAAAAGUUGCAAGUGAUAUGGAUGCCGAAAAUAAAUUUCUGCUCAAAGCGAAGCAAUGGUCACAGGCGCACGAGGUCAUCAUGGAGUGUUUUGCCAUGGAUUGUGUUCAACGAAAACUUCCAUCAUUUAAAUUCGAUACUGAACGAGUUCUAGAAUGUCAAACAAAUUUUCAACUGUUCCAUCAAGGGGCAGAUUUCGAGCGACUUCAUCCAGCUGAAUAUGAAGUUCAACCUGACCCGGAACGCGAUCGACGAAGAGGUGGUUAAAGCUUGGCUCGAGGAAUUCAAGACCAAACUGACCGAUCUGUGCUCGGUGAUCAAGAUGUUUCCCUGCCCGACGCUGAAGCAUCGACUCUGUCAGAACGCAAUCACCCAGCUAUUGGACAUCCGCUAUGCGUUGAUGCAAAAUGCGCUCGAGAAGCUGCUUCUGCCCCAGGAAUACGUCCUCGAGAAAUUGCGGCUGAGCGCGUUUCUGGACGAGGAUCCGCGGAAGCAGCGAUGAAUAGCGUUUGAAAGAAAUGUAUGAUGUAAUUUUAAUCGCAAAGCAUUAUUACUACAAUGCUGAAACAAAAAAAAACACUCUAGAAUAAAUGGAUGGGUACACAUCCUUUCGUACGCAAAUUUCAAGAUGAUCACAGGAAGUGAACAGAUAAUACAUAUGAAUAAGUAGUGCCCCUGGCUUGUUAGGCAAUGUUAUUAUAAUUGGCUCAUAAAAAAUUGUUCAUUUUUAUCUAACUAUCUGAGACUGUUAAAAAAGUAUGUGGCAACAGAGCGUGUGAAAUAAAUCAUGCUGUUUGUGUAUGAUUAGAAAUAAAAUAAAUUAGUGAGUGAAUGAGUACACAGCAAC